UAACCUUGAUGCGCUCUCAGUCAGCUGUCCCCACCACACGGGGUUACCUCCACUAACAGAGCGGAGACUCAUUCAUGCGGCACCGGCUCAGUCACUCCUGGGUCCUGGCUCCAUUCACCAACUGUGCUCGGUCUCAGCUCUCAGUUACUCGCUACCACAGUCCACAGGUUGACGUUACGCGUACAAUCCGGCAUCAGUGUUUCCGAAACUGACUUUUUGUGCCAAUGUUCAAUUGAACUAUCGUUCCCACAUUUCAUGUUGUUCAGCAACAUUUGUAGGUAGGGAACGUCUGGGUACUCCAGCGUUUGACAUCCUCAACUUCGGCCCGAAUCCUGGAAGCCAACGCGGUGAUUCACAGGAUGUCUGCCGCUCAAGGCUUCACCUUCUCACUAAUCUGUGUUCUAGUCAGCUUGCAGAGUCAUCUCAUGACAUGUGAUGCAUUAUGUUAUUUCCCUACUGAGCUUCAGGGAGAAUUCCUGAUGCAGUCAUCUGCAGGUGGUAUGGGAAAAUCUGAGAUUCAAUAUUCUUACGUGAAUAUCACAGGCGACUCUAUUCCCAUUUGGGGAAUCUGUUAUCGCAGAAUUGGAAGCAACUAUAUUCUCUUGGACAGCUCCAGCGGGGACAACUGUAUCAGAUGUUUCCACCUUACCCUGAAAUCGAGAAAUGUUCUGUUGGUGAGAACAGAAGGUCUUGGAAAGUGCUAUACCUCCGAGGCAGCGGCUGAAGCAACCUGUCUGCAUUCAAUGACUCAUCACAUGACUGAAUUACUUCUAUUUAAGGAGAGAGAAGUGGGCGGAGAAGAGAUAAGCAAAGCGUUCUGUCCAGUGCAUGGCAAGUUCACAUUUGUGUACAACAUUGACGACGGUACUGAAGACAAGAUGGAGUGCGCAAACUCAGAUUCAGUCAUAGAUUCUUGCAUGAUUCCGAUACAAGCCUCUUCAAUCAGUCUCCAUUUCCAAGGAUGCUCGUUCGGUGAUGUUGACAACCUGACUUUCCAUUGUCUUGGAGACUGGGAAGGCCCUGGCAAUCAGCGAUAUGUCGCAUUCCUGAAUCCAAGUGAAGGCAGCAAUGGCAGACCUAGAUACAGAUGUGCAUUGUACCAUACUGAUAGGAGUGGCAAGGUUUUCAUAGCGUUUUCCAGUGACUCCACUUGUACAUCGAAUCUUUACAAUUCUACAACUGGCUAUGAGACAAUGGUGUUGACUCCAUCGAAAGAACAAGAGUAUCCACCGAAAGUACUCAUGUCCGUUUGCAGAUUGCCAGCAUGGAUGCAAGGCACAUGGGAGCAUUUGACUGUGAAUGGGCAAAUAAUGAGUUUUGCAGAUCAUUCAUCAUUCAGGAUGUACCAAAUACGUUGCAUAGGCACACCUAAUCCAGCCACCAAUUAUUUCCCUGUUUUCAUCAGGGAUGAAUGCGGCGGUGAAGCAUACAAUUGUAUAUGGGUUGAAAAGAGAGCAUCCAACGUUUUGGAAUUUCAAUUAGGUAUGAAUCCAAGUGCAGUCUAUAACGAAUCACUUUGCAUCAACAGCAAUUUCCCAAAUAGAGAAUGGAUCACACAAGGGCGUCUUGACAGACUUGAUGAAUCACCUUGUCCUAUCACUGGAGAAUAUACUGGAUUGAUCCCAGAUAAUUCCGGAUUGUGCGCAAAGUUAUCAUCCGAUUGCAAGUCAAAAGAAAUCAUGUAUUACACUAUGUCAGAAUGCGUCGGUAAAAACAUCUAUGAAGAACGAGACUACCGAUGCCUUGGCCAAUGGGAGGAAGAUGGACUCAUGUACACAUACACUCAGAGGAGGGACAUUGGCACUUAUGAAUGCUUUGUUGGUUCAAUCAUCUCAGACACAGAAAUCUACAUCAAAGAAGCGGGAGAGCACUGCGAAAGAAGCGUCAACCCACUGCAUCUGGGAAUGAAGUUGACUAACAAAGGAAAAUGUACAGAUGGCCAGCACAACCCAAUUCCAUCUGACACAGGGUUUAGGCAAACACCUUACCCCCCUCACCCUACCAUGUGGCACUCCACCAGGCAGCCUUAUGUUACCAAACCUUGGAAACCAAUCACAGCUCCACCAAGGAUACGCAAUGAAGUCCUGAACGGCGGCCAUGUUUCAACACACGCAACAAAUCCUUUCAUUGCAUUCUGUACAUCUGUAUUGUUUGUGUUCUACACUUACACUAGUCUUUCAUAGAAAGUACAUGAUGUUUUGAAGUUAAAGACUUUUUCACAGUUUUAUAAUUCCUAAUCAUGAUAUUUUGUAGAUACUGUGUAGUGUGAUCAUGAUUUCAC